GGUUGCAAACACCGAGCGUAAUUAUUACUUGCAUGGGAGUCCCUGAUAUAAGAUCAGCUGUUUUAUCAUUCUUGGAGUACCUGUUUGAUAACAAAACAAGUUUAUUAAAUUUAAACCUCAAAUCUGCGAGAAAAUGUCGAUAACGACUAAUGUUGCUAGAAAAAUACUACGCACACGACUGCCAAAUAAAUAUCGGUCGUACACCACGGUAAACAAUGAACCGCCUCGUCGGCGAGUUGUCAUUACAGGCACUGGUGCAGUUUCGCCUUUGGCGAAUAAUGUAUCAGAGUCAUGGUCACGUAUCUUAGCUGGAGAGUCUGCUAUAACCAAACUUAGUGACCAAUUUAAAGGGCUGCCAUGUCAAGUAGCAGCGCAAGUGAUCCGCGAGGAGCUGCCGAUGGAUAAACAUUUCAGUAAAAGCGAUUUGAAAAUUAUGAGUGUCGCAACACAAUUUGCCAUAAUUGCAACUGAAGAAGCACUUUCUAGCGCUAAGCUUCAACCAAAUGAAUUGACAGCAGAACAACGUGAACGUUUUGGUGUAUGCGUUGGUAUGGGUAUGUUUGAUCUUACGGAAGUGUAUGGUGCGUGGCAACAACUACAACGAGGUUACAAUCGAGUAAGUCCGUUUUUUGUACCCCGCCUUUUACCCAAUAUGGCGUGCGGCCAUAUAAGCAUGCGACAUAGCUUACGAGGUCCUAAUCACUCCGUAUCCACAGCGUGCGCAACAGGCGCACAUGCCAUUGGGGAUGCAUUACGUUUCAUACGUAAUGGUGAUGCAGAUGCAAUGUUGGCUGGAAGUGGUGAAUCCUGUAUAGAUCCACUAGCUAUAGCUGGUUUUUGCCGUUUGCGAGCUCUUAGUUCAACACAUAAUGAUACACCAAAGACUUCAUCGCGUCCUUUCGAUCAAAAACGUGACGGCUUUGUAAUGGGUGAAGGUGCCGCCAUAUUAGUUCUCGAAGAGCUAGAGCAUGCGCGAAAACGUGGUGCACCCAUACUGGCUGAGCUCUUAGGAUACGGGUUAUCCGGUGAUGCUUACCAUAUUACAUCACCCAGUGAGGACGGUACAGGCGCCACUUUAGCAAUGCAACGUGCCAUCACUGAUGCCAGAGUGCUGCCAACAGAUAUUACCUACGUGAAUGCUCACGCAACAUCCACUCCAACAGGUGAUCGUAUCGAGGCACAUGCUAUACAACGAGUUUUUGGUGAACAUGCUACACAAGUACGCGUAUCUUCAACUAAGGGCGCUCAUGGACACUUGCUCGGCUCAUCGGGAAAUUUGGAAACAGUUUUUGUGGUACAAGCCUGUGUGAACAAUCAACUGCCGCCAUCGAUAAAUAUUGAGCAUUUGGAUGAAGCGAUUAAAGUGCCCAUAGUACAGAAUAAAUCAGAGCAAUGGUGUGAUAACAACGCGAGUCCUCGGAUUGCUUUAAAAAAUUCCUUUGGCUUCGGCGGCACAAAUGCUUCACUUUGCAUUGCAGAAUAUCGUGAAUAAUUCCUAAAAAGUGCAUUUCAAUUAUGUACAUAUUUCCAAUUGCCUUCAUGAAUUCAAUGAUUUUUGUUAUCUAAGUUUAAUAUUACAUGUAUGCAUGUACAUACAUAUGUACAUAUAGAAGUUUGUAUGUAUAAAAUGUUAUAAAUUUAAGAUUUAUAUAAAUAUAUUAUUAACAAAAUUUAAAACAAAAGGUUAUUGUUCUUACAAACUAAACUAUACCAACCAAUAAACCAAAGAACGAAACAUCACUCGACAAAAAUCAAA